UGUGCAUAACUGCUUUGAGUGUGGUUAAAACAGCACGCUUGUAUGUGCUAACAUAUGCUAGCGGGUGAAUGCUCACACCUGUGAUGUUUUGGAAGUUUCUUUGUGCAAAUUUUACUGACGCCAUCAAACAAAUAGUUAUCUUGCAGCUGUUUCCUUGCAUAUUUUUUCACCUAUUCAAGUUUUUCUUUGUGGAUGAAUGUGUAGAUACCCAUCAAUCUUUCACCUGAGCUCAUUCAUAUUUUGAGAAAUGUAUUUGGGUGUGCAAAAUGUAAUUCCAUUAUUUAUAUUCUGGAAACGAUUACUACUUUAGUUAUUACUUCAUUACUUUACUGUUAAAUGGCAUGGCAUUUCCUCCACUUUCCCACAAUUGGCUAUGAAUGAUGUCAAUCAAUGCUAUGGGCGUGGUUUGCAUCCCAGCUGUUUCCCGUGACUUGAUGGGUGAGAUGGUGUUAUAGGGAAAGAGAGAAGGAUGCAGUGUUUGCUGCAUUACACUCAGGCGUUGGUGAAGGAACACAGACACAAAGUGGGGAAGACGGGGGCAGGCAGGUGCUAGAUUGGUUGAGUGUGGUUUCUCUCAAGCUUGCUUAUUCAGGUGCUAAAACAGAAGGGAAAAGGAAAUAGAUGUAGAGAAGGGGGCGAGUAGACGAUCAAAAAACCACUGAGUAGUUUGUGUGUGUGUGCAUGUGUGUUUUUGUGUGUGUGUGUAUCUGAGCGUGUGUGUAUGUGUGUGUGUGUGUGCGCGCGUGUGUGAGUGUGUGCGUGUGUGUACGCGCGCGCGCACACAGUCAGGGGCAGGCCCACCUACUCUUAUUUUGAGGUCUAGAGAAAAGUAAGGUAGACACAGAAAGAGAGACAAGCGCCUGAACCUCUUGAUAGAGGCUUCAGUCAGAACAAGUCACUGUUUUGGUGAAAGAGAGCAAAGUUUCAGUGUCAGAAAAAACAGAGAAUAUAGAGAUCAAGGGUAAGAAGGAAAAGUCAAGAAGACCAGAAGAAAUUGAAGUGAAGACAUGAGAGCUCAGAUUGAGGUGAUUCCCUGCAAGAUCUGUGGUGACAAGUCAUCAGGAGUACAUUAUGGAGUCAUCACCUGUGAGGGCUGCAAGGGCUUCUUCCGGAGGAGUCAGCAGUCCAGCGUGUCGUACUCCUGCUCGCGCCAGAGCAACUGCCCCAUCGACCGCACGAGCCGCAACCGCUGCCAGAGCUGCCGGCUGCAGAAGUGCGUGGCCCAGGGCAUGAGUCGAGACGCUGUGAAGUUUGGUCGCAUGUCGAAGCGGCAGCGGGACUCUCUCUUUGCUGAGGUGGAGAGGCACCGGCAGCAGCAGCAGCAGCUCCAGGCCAGCCCUGACGAGGCCCCGCCCACUCUGCCGUACCACAGCAAGGAGCCCCGUGACCGCUCGCCGCACCUGGACCAGCCUGCCGCUCCAGCCUACCCCUUCCACAUGGAACCAGAGCUUCCCUCCUGCCCUCCUGACAUGCACGUCUACUUGGGCUGCUCCCAAGGAAAGUCCCCGGCUCUGGCCUCGGCCUACAGGCACUCGCUCAUGUUACCGGUGCCCAGCUCACAGAGCCGGGGGGACUGCGGUGGCCAGGGAGAGGGGAGAGGACAGAGGUUUAAAGUGUUUGAUUCUCAGCAGCGGUCCCCUGAUCAGCCUGGGCUGGGAAUGUCCAGAGGGGACAUUGGGGUGAAUUAUGAGGACAUCUUCUGCCCCUACCCCACGUCGUCGCUGCUGCACAUAGAGGAGGUGUGUGCCAGCAUCGUGCGCUCUCACCGGGAGACCAGCCAGUACCGGGUGGAGGAGCUGCAGGCCCUGAGGUGGAAGGUCUUCAGCAGAGAGGAGAUCCACGCCUACCAGAGCAAGUCGGUGGAUGAGAUGUGGCAGCACUGCGCGCUCAGGCUGACGGACGCGGUGCAGUACGUGGUGGAGUUCGCCAAGCACAUCCCAGGGUUCCGCCAGCUCUGUCAGAACGACCAAAUCGUCCUGCUCAAGUCCGGCUCAAUGGAGGUGGUUCUGGUGAGGAUGAGCAGAAUGUUUAAUACAGAGAACAGUACAGUCUUCUUUGACGGGAAGUUUGCCGGCAAAGAGCUUUUCAAGUCCCUGGCCUGCAAUGACCUGAUAACUUCAGUGUUUGACCUUGCACACAGCCUGUGUGCUCUGCGGCUGACUGAACAGCAGGUGGCGCUCUUCAGUGCCCUGGUGCUCAUCAAUGAAGAUCGCCCAUGCCUGGAGGAGAGGGGUAGAGUUGAGAGAGCGAGGAAAGAGGUGGAGCUGGCUUUCAACCACACUCUGCGCAGAGAUAACCAGGAGGCUCUACUGCACAAGCUCUACCAGAAGGUGGCGAUGUUGAAAUCCCUGUGCAGUCUACACAUUGAGAAACUACGCUGGUUCCGGCAGCUCUAUCCUCUCACUGUGCACUCCCUCUUCCCUCCCCUAUAUAAAGAGCUGUUUGGCUCAGACUCAGACAUGCCCCCUCUGGCCACACACUGAACUGCAUCAUGGAUCCCCCCAGUCACAUGUACUUCUACUGACAGUGUUACUCAGAUUUUGACAUUUUACUUGAAGACGCAUUGAUUUUUUUGUUGCUGUCAGUACACUUGCCAUGUGGAAGGUUAUUUGAUAUCUGAUGUAAAUCUGCUGUUGCUAAACAUUGACAUAUAUAAAUGACAAUUUACACACACAUACACACAGACACGCACAUGCACAAACACAUACAUAUGCAAGCACAUGCACAUUAAGUGGUAAAAAGGUGAUCCAAUCAAUGUGUCUACCUGCUGUGUAAUUAUAUUUUUGUAAUUCAGAAAAAUGAAAAUAGUUGCAUUUAUAAUACAUAGUAGGAUGAGAACUGAUAUUGAAAUUAUUUUUAUUGAAAGAUAAUUUUAUAGGGUUAAAUGUUUUGUGAAGUAAUUAUUCAGGUAUUUGAAGGCUUUGAUUGAUUGCAGAAAAAAUGUAUUGAAUUUGCAGAAAAUGUUUUAAGCAAUUUUGGGAAUGAUAAUCUUGCUGAUUAUAUUUGAUAGUGAUAAGAUGUGUUUUACUGUGUAUGAGGGUAUGCUUCUGUGAAUGUGAGUGUCUGGCUCCUUUCUUGAGCAAAUAAUCAGGUACUGAAGAAAUACAGCUCAUUGUAAAAUUACGUUAAAUACGAAUAUGGCGCUAUCAGUAAGAGAUGUGUUAUUUGGAAUUGAAUAACAUCAGAUCAUGCAUUACAUUAUCUGAACAUGCAAUUAUUGUGUUUUUAGACAGGGUCAAUUAUUUUACCCCUUUAGCAUUGUCAUGUAUUAAGCUACUAUAUCCAGCUCUGGUGCUUGAGCACCAGAGUCACACGGGGUUUGGAGCUUCUCCAUUGUCUGGAGAUUGUUCAUUUUUAAAUCAACCACAUUCUUGUUUUACUUUGCGAGUAAUGGCUGUGUUAAUAGUAGAACUAUGGCUCCAGAGCAGGGCAGGAGGGUUGAGUUUAUACCCCAUCCUUAAAAUCUGCACUUUGCGACAGUCACAUUACUCCCAGUUACUCUCAAAAUAGACCUGAUAAUACAGCACUGGUGUCCACUGCUGUUCCUGGAGAUUCUGAGGGUUUAGAGAUGCUUUGAACGAUAGAUCUGCUGGAUGAAUGUGGCUCAAGUUCGGCUAGAAACAAGCACCAGAGACAGUAAUGGCCCUAGCCUUCGAGGGACCCUAAACAGGCCCCCCAACCCAAAAUUAUAAAUGAUAUAUAUGUUAAUUAUAUAUCUGGCAAUCAUGGGCCCUAAGCAGCUGCCUACGUCGUGUAUUGGCUCGAGUCGGCUCUGCCACAGAUCCAUAGUUUGUCAGUGGGCUCUGAUUGGCUGUUUUGGGGAAGCUGCGGAUACCCAGAAAUGAUUGCAGCAAAAUUACAAAAUUGAGGAACCAAAUUAUCCCUCAUGAAAAUGACAUGUUCCUGUCAGCGUUCCACCAUGAUACUGUGGAAAGAUUAGUGUGGCUUAGUCACAUACUCAUGUUGUUCAGUUUUAAUUUUAACAUGAAGGUUACUCGUGGGUCCGUUCUUGGAAAUGCUCUUUAUGUUUUAACCCCUCAAUUUACCUCUAUUUGUUAGCACUUAAUUAUGUAUCUAUAAUUCUGCCAAGGAGAAGCUUGUAAUAAACUGGUGAAAUGGCA